AUGUCUGAAUCGUAUGAAUAUUUAUUUAAGUUUUUAAUCAUAGGAAGUGCUGGUACUGGAAAGUCGAGUCUUUUAAAUAACUUUUUAGGGAACAAAUUCAAAGAAGACAGAUGUCACACUAUAGGCGUGGAAUUUGGGUCAAAAAUAAUAAAUAUCGGAGGAAAAUCUACUAAACUGCAAAUUUGGGACACGGCCGGCCAAGAGAGGUUUCGGUCAGUGACUCGUUCAUAUUAUAGAGGAGCUGCCGGUGCUCUGUUAGUGUAUGACAUUACAUCUCGAGACUCAUUCAAUGCUCUGAGUAACUGGUUGAGAGAUGCUCGGACACUCGCCAGCCCUAACAUUGUCAUACUACUCGUCGGUAAUAAGAAAGAUCUAGAAGGUUCUAGAGAAGUAACCUUUACUGAAGCUAGUCAAUUUGCACAGGAAAAUGAAUUAAUGUUCCUUGAAACGAGUGCCAGAAGUGGAGAAAACGUAGAGGAAGCUUUCUUAAAGUGCUCUAAAACUAUCCUGGCUAAGAUUGAGACUGGCGAGUUGGAUCCCGAGCGAAUAGGUUCGGGGAUUCAGUAUGGGACAGGAACAUCCAAGAAACUUACCGCCCCUAGAAAACCUGUGAAGCCCCCAUCAGACUGCGCCUGCAAUGUCUAA